AUGAAACACAUCCAAGUUGACAUACUUGACUCAGAGGCAAUAGAUCGUCAUGGAGAAGAUGCUGUAUUAAAUUAUAUCUAUUUAACGGAGAAAAUUGGAAGCGACAACUACAAUCCGCAAGAUUGUUACUCGCGUUUUAAGUCAAUUCUGAUCACACAUAACGACACUGAAGUAAACGAAAAAUAUCAUACUCGUGAUUGCAACAGGAGUGUGGCGACAUUCAUUUGUCAAGCCACUUUUUUAAAAAAAGAUGCCAUACCAAAAGAUGAUGACCAAAAAUCUUUGGAAGAAAGCAUAGGACAAGUGUUUAAUCAAUUGGAAAAAUGGCUUCUAAAUGGUGUAAUGACUAUGGGCAACCAAAUAAAAGGUUAUAUGAUUGUGGCAGCUUUAGUAAUCGCUUCUAUCUUGUUAUAUUCGUUCUGGUUUUUGUCAGGACUUCUAUGCAAAAGAAAAAAAGUUUUGAAACUAUCAGGACUUGAGGAAAAUAUUGACUAUUCUGUUGUACGCACUGAUUCCGCCAGACCAGAUUCAUCUUCACCAGAAUCGGGUGCUUUCUUUGAUGACUCUCAGUAG